GUGAGUUGCGGAACGGUGUGCCCACCCCUUCGCGCCGCGUCUCACUUCAAUCUAGGAUCUCCUCUCACGGCUAUUACGUACGGUUUUAAAGUGCACAUCUCGUCCGGAGAUUCGUCGUCGUCGUCUGUGCCCAGCAUCGACAAAUCAGUCAGGCUGCGAGAGCAAAAAGAAAAAUCGUCUCGCGUAUCGAUAGCGUUCGUCCAGUCGUUCGUGUUCACGUAUUAUAACUCUGAAAACUAGCCGACAAACUUUAGCGAGGGUGGUUGGAUCAAACGGUGCAUCGACCGCGCGCACUUGUCAGCCCGCGACUCGACUUACAUCGAAGGAUGUUGAUGCACAACGGUAGUGGUAUCAUAGCCGGGCCAUUGGCUUUCGCCAGCAGAGUCGGGGAUGUACAGCUGCUGCAGGAACGUUUUCUAGGAUGGAACUUUCCCGCCGAGCACGUGGAUCUCGUGCACCCGCAUUGGCGUGCGUUCCUCGCACCCGGAAGACUAUGGCACGUCGCCCUCGCACUCAUUUACUUCCUGCUCUUGAUGCUGUCCCUCGUCGGGAACGGCAUUGUUAUUUGGAUUUUCAGCACAUCGAAAUCACUGAGGACACCUUCGAACAUAUUUAUCUUGAAUUUAGCUGUAUUUGACCUACUGAUGGCAAUGGAGAUGCCUAUGCUGAUCAUAAACAGCUUCCUGGAGCGAACGAUUGGAUGGGAAACCGGAUGCGAUGUGUAUGCUUUGCUCGGCGCGAUUUCCGGGAUGGGACAAGCGAUCACCAAUGCGGCGAUCGCUUUCGAUCGAUAUAGAACAAUUAGCUGUCCGAUUGACGGUAGACUGAAUGGGAAACAAGCUAUGGUACUAGCUCUGUUGACGUGGUUUUGGGCACUACCAUUCUCGAUAUUGCCUAUGACAGGACUGUGGGGUCGGUUUGUGGCAGAGGGUUUUCUCACCACAUGUAGCUUCGAUUAUCUCACGGAUGACGAGGACACGAGGGCAUUCGUGAUAACAAUAUUCUUCUGGGCAUACGUCCUUCCUAUGCUGCUGAUUAUAUACUUCUACUCGCAAUUGCUGAAGUCUAUUCGCACUCACGAAAAAAUGCUUCGCGAUCAAGCUAAAAAGAUGAACGUCAAGUCGCUCGUGUCGAACCAAGAUAAAGAGAGGAGCGUCGAGAUGAGAAUCGCGAAAGCCGCAUUUACGAUAUUCUUCCUCUUUGUGCUCGCGUGGACACCGUAUGCGGUUGUCGCUUUAAUUGGGGCCUAUGGAAAUCGCGAAGUGCUUACUCCGCUGUCGACUAUGUUACCAGCCAUAUUUGCUAAGACGGUGUCGUGCAUCGAUCCAUGGAUAUACGCAAUCAACCAUCCUAGGUAUCGACAAGAACUGGAGAAGCGCUGCAAAUGGAUGGGAAUUCGAGAAAAAGUUGCCGGGGAUACCGUGUCAGCGCAAACGGAGAAAGUGAACGUGGAAGAAUCGUAAUCUCAUUGUUAAUCAACAUCAUUAAUGAGUGCCCUUAAUAUUGUCGAGAGGAUAUCGACCGAUCGCACUGCAUUCCCACCACAAAUGCAACUUCGACCGGUCGCCUAGAUAUUUUUUUUUAAAUACAUCCCAUUAAAAAGAUAGCUGGACUUGUUCUAUGGUAAAAGACUAUGCGACUUUAAGGUGAAUAAGAAACGACUUGUUUAAUUUACGUAUUAUCAAGGUAUUACUAUAUAAAUAUAAUCAGAGCAAAUAUAAAUGUAA